AUGGCUGUCGAGCCCCACUGUCAACAAUGUUCACCUCUUUGCAGAUGGAACCUGACGUCAUGCGGCACUAGUGUUGCCAGUUCUGAUUGCAGUGAAGAACUCUUCUCCUCCGUUUCUGUGGGCGAUCAGGAUGACUGUUAUUCCCUCCUGGAUGAUCAGGAACUCACCUCCUUUGACCUGUUCCCAGAAGGCAGUGUCUGCAGCGACGUGUCAUCCUCCAUCAGCACUUAUUGGGACUGGUCAGACAGCGAAUUUGAGUGGCAGUUACCAGGCAGUGACAUAGCCAGUGGCAGUGAUGUGUUGUCAGACAUCAUACCCAGUGUGCCCAGUUCACCCUGCCUUGUAUCCAAAAGAAAAAACAAACCACACCGAAAUCUGGAUGAGCUGCCCUGGAGUGCCAUGACUAAUGAUGAACAGGUGGAAUAUAUUGAAUAUUUAAGUCGAAAAGUGAGCACAGAGAUGGGUCUUCGGGAGCAACUUGAUAUCAUAAAAAUAAUUGACCCGAGCGCACAGAUACUGCCGACAGACAGCGAGUUCAUCAUUGAACUAAACUGCCUCACAGAUGACAAACUUAAACAGGUAAUGAAUGACAACAAGUACAUACCAUUCUAAAUGAGUUUGGGGAAGUGACCUGGUUAAUGCCC